CAUACCCAUGGGUAUAACAGUGGGUAUAGAAGUUUGUAAAGCAAAAGUGGAAGCAGAAAUAUUACAAUCAUAUCCACACGAUCACCAAACUGGUAGCAGAAAUAAGUAAACAAACUGAAUAGUGCGCAGAGAACAGUCUUUUGUUAGUGUAAACAGACAAUAUGGAUGACAGUGAAAGUUCAUGCAUACGGAGAAGAAAAUUAUGCGCUGUCGUAGCAUUGACAUCAACACUUGCGAGAGAAAAGUCACGAUGUAAAAUUAAACGUAGGGCACGACAAUGGUGGACAAAACCUUGGCUCCAGAAACGAGAUGAAGGAAAUGGCCACGGCAUGUUGUCUUUACUCCGGAAUGAAUUGAGGUUAGUUUAAAUUGUGUUAAUAAUAUAGGUACGUAACUACUUUAAAGAUUUAUUAUUCCCUUUUGAUGUUCAAAAUGUUUGUGUCUGAUGGCCUUCACAAAAUCUACUGAUUUGUUAAUGUUUCAUAGGCUAUAUGACACCGAGAGUUUUAGAAACUUUGUGCGAAUGGAUGGGGCUCUUUUUGACGAAUUGUUGGGACGAGUGUGUCCCAUCAUUCAGAAGCAGAAUACAGUAAUGAGGGAAGCCAUCAAGCCCCGUGACAGGCUGGCUGUCACCCUUCGGUAUUUGGCAACAGGAUGCACAUACAAAGACUUGCAGUACUCGACAAGAAUUGCGGCAAGCACACUUGGUGUCAUCAUACCAGAAACAUUGCAGGCAAUUUAUGACACAAUGAGGGAUGAAUGCAUCAAAGCGCCAGAUACUCCCGCUGAAUGGGAAGUGGUUUCUAAUGGUUAUCACAGCAUGUGGCAACUGCCUCACUGCAUUGGUGCCCUUGAUGGAAAACACAUCAACUUCAGACCGCCUCGAAACAUGGGCUCUUUCUUCAGGAAUUACAAAGGGCAUGACAGCAUUGUACUGUUGGCGCUUGUUGAUGCAGAAUACAAAUUUUUGUAUGUAAAUGUAGGAGUCAACGGCCGCAUGAAUGAUGCUGGAGUCUUUCGUGAGAGUGACCUUUCUGAAGCAUUACUUGGUGGGACUCUCAAUUUGCCCAAAAGCCGUCCACUGCCUGGAAGAGACUUGCCUAUGCCAUUUGUAAUAGUUGCUGACGAUGCAUUUCCACUUACACAAAAUAUAAUGAAGCCCUACCCAGACAAAAAUCUUUGUCAGGCCAAACGCAUUUUUAACUACAGAUUGUGCAGAGGACGUCGUGUGGUUGAAAAUGCAUUUGGUAUGAUGUCGAAUAAAUUCAGAAUAUUGCUGUCAACACUUCAGUUACCAGUUAAGAAAGUGGAGUUGUUGACAGCAGUAUGCUGUAUUUUGCAUAACUUCAUUCUGUUGCGAAAGAAUGUGCAUUACCUUAAGUCAUGUGUUGCGGAAGACACUGCUGAAAUUGACGAUUUCCUGCCAGUACUGCAAGGCCUUAGCCAACAGGGUGGAAAUCACCACAGCAGAGGGGCAGCAGCUGUUCGAAAUGAAUUCAGUGAAUAUUUCAGUGGUGUUGGAUCUGUUCCAUGGCAGGAUUCUAAGGUAAGGCUAAAUCAGUGGUAGGAAUUCUAUUCUUAACUGUCAAAGAGAGAGGCACAUCCAAAAUAAAUAAGUGAAUAAAAAUAAAUAAAUACAAUAAUGUUAUUUAUUUACUUCUUCACAUAAUUUCUAAUCAUUCUGUAACAGCUUUGUGAUCUUUUAAGUAUUUUACCGGUAAUUUUACUUUCGUAUGGUAGGUUAGGUUAAGUAAGCAAAAUCUGUAAUACUGUAAAAUCUUGUGACUGGUAGGUUUGUUCAGAUUCGCUACAUUAUAAAUAAUGUAUAAUAGUGUGGAGAGGUUGGCAGGGUUAACUUAACAUUUAAAAUACUGCAAAAUUGAAGCAAAGGUCGUUUAGGUUAGGUUCGUGACACUUAAAUUUUUAUUGUGGGACGAUUACCUAAUUAACACCGAAAGAAACAGACUGAUUAUCAUGGUUUAUUAUUUUUUAUUUUUAGAGUGAACACUGAGUGAUGCUAGUUGAGUGGAAUAACUAUGAAGUUAUUUUUAAUUUUGGAGGCAUUAAUGGCAAAUUGCCUAAGCUAAAAUAGGUUAUGUUGGUGGAUAGAAAGAAAACAAAA